AUGGCAACCGAGCAAGCAUCUAGGGAUCUCAAGAUCAAGCGGAGAACGGCAAAGGCAAAACUAACUCGGCUGUCGAAUGGUUUGCAACAUUUACUGGAUGAUGACAGGGAUCUUGAUGAGGUAACUGAUGUGUUUAAGGAUUUGAAUGUUGCUUAUCAGGAAUUGGAUGACAGGCACGAAAGGUAUUGUGAGACAAUCGUAGAUGAUGAGGUAUUCAUUACAGAGGAUGCCUGGCUAUCUGAGUGUCAGACAUCAUUCCUUGACAUGCAGAGAAAGGUUAAAGACUAUAGCAAGACUAAGCUUAAGUCUGACAGGUCAACGGAGGAUUCAGUUGUAAACACGACUACUCCCGAAGUUACUACCAGUAAAUCGGUAGAGGUUUCGUCAUGCAAGGUUCAGGUAGAGCGACCAAGGCUGCCUCGAUUUACUGGAGACGUACGAGACUACAUGACAUUUAAAUCAGAUUUUAAGCAUCUAAUCGAAUCGAGGUAUAGCAAGAGAGAUGCUAUCACAAUUCUGAGAUCCUCUCUAUUGGGAAAACCUCUUGAUCUCAUACGUGGUUUGGGGAACGAUUACGACUCGGCAUGGUCUCAUCUUGACAACAUUUACGGAGACCCGAGAUUGGUAGCUGAUGCUAUCGUAUAUGACUUGGGGAAGUUCCGACCUCUCAAGGAUGGAGAGGAUGGCCGAUUCUGUGACCUUGUUCAUCUUAUCAGGAGAAGUUACAACUCACUGCAAGAAGUAGGUAGGGCGAAUGAUAUGGACAACAAUCAUAUGAUUUCUUUGAUAGAGAGAAAAUUAAGCAGUGAUGAUAGAAAGCUAUGGCUGAGAUUCAUUGACCGUGAGCGAACAGAUGCAUCACUCCAUGCAUUACUUUAUUGGAUGGAACUGGAAUUGAAGACUAGAAUAAGGGCAUCUGCUCCACUUCGUGACAGUAGAAGUUCUACGAUUGGCCAUAUCUCUCAGGAUGACGGAAGCAAUGAAAGAAAGCCCGAUUUUAAAUGCUGGUUAUGUGAGACGUCUGAUCAUUGGAUCGAUCAGUGCAAGAAAGUGCUUUCGAAAACCCAAGAAGAGCGAUUUCAACUGAUGAAAGACAACAGGGCGUGCUUCAGCUGUCUCAAGAGAGCUGGUAAGGAUCACAACAUGGGGACAUGCAAGCGCAGGAAAAGAUGUAAUGAGGUGAUCAAUACUGGUGAGCAGUGUUCAUCAUACCACCACCCUUUACUCCAUAAGCAGAUUGAGACAGGGAGUGUGGGUGUUGCCAGUAUUACAGGAACACCUGUGCUUCUGCCUGUACUUAAGAUAAAGAUGGCGGGCCCGAAUGGAAAUUGCGAAGGAAAUUGUCUCCUAGACUCGGGAUCUCAGAUGAGUCUCGUAAGGAACGCAGUAGCAGAAGAGUUAGGACUGAAAGGGAAUCCUAUUGUCGCGAAUGUUACCAAGGUCGGAAAUGAAACAGAGGAAUACAACACUAUGCUGUACAAGGUGAAAGUUCAAGGGAUUAAUGGUCAUCAGAGUUACACUAUUUCUGCGGUAGGACUUGAUGUAAUUAAUAACGGCAUUACCCGAAUUAGUGUUGAAGAACUGGGACGGAUGUUCAACCUGAGGAAAGAUGAAAUUCACAGAGGAAGUGGGCCAAUUGAUAUCCUCAUAGGAAUUGACCAUUCCAAAAUGCAUGUAGGGUACACGAAAAUACAAGGGAAUCUCGUGGCCCGUCGCUCGCCGUUAGGUUGGGUCAUUUUCGGAAGUACUACAGAAGGAUACCCAGAAGGAGCAGUUCUCCAUGUCACGGUAAACAGCCCUUUAGAUCUCCGAAAAUCCUUGACAACAGAAGGAAUGAAAGUAUGUAAUGAUCCACAGAGAUGUCAGCACAGUAGAAUGAUUGAACAAGAAGAUGAGGAGUUUCGAGUCAUCAGUUCUUCAAGUUCUUCAUGUGAGAAGAUGGAAAAGCAAUGGCUCGACCAAUACCCUCGGCGGAAAGACCAGUCGCGGCAUAUUCCCCAGAACCUGAAUGUCGCAGAUGAAGUCAGCAGAUGCGUUAGCCUGGACAAGCUGAAUGACAGGGAGAUGGAAGGUCUUGACUUUCUUUGUAAAACAGUGACAGAACGGCCCGCAGAAGCAAAGCUAGAGGAAAAGCUUCCUGAGGUAGACAGGGAAUUGCGAAUGGAGAGACCAGUUUUGACUGUACAAGAAUCAAAAUCCCAACAUAGAAUUGACUGUCAGCAAUUUAUUAACUGGAGGAAACUUGUGAGGGUGACUUCAUACGUCCUGAAGUUCAUUGGAAAGUUGAAGUCAAAGUCCAAGAGAAUGGUAGAUGAGGACGUCGAAGUCGCCAAUGGUAACCUGACACCAACUGACAUACAGAAAGGAGAGGACCAUUUGAUAAACCGUGCUCAGGUAUCUUUGAAGCCCAGAGUAGACAAAGGAGAGCUAAGGGCACUCAAUCCGUAUAGGAAUGAAGCGGGAAUUAUCCGAGUUCGAGGGAAAGUAGAUAGUACUGACAAGCCAUUAGCCAUGAAGCAUCCGGCUUUACUCCCUUGCCAACACUGGAUCUCAACCUCGAUUAUUAGGCAUGUUCAUGAGGAUGGUCGUGGCGAUGUUGGUACGACUACAGCAAAGGCCAGGAGAAAGUACUGGAUCUUGAAAGCACAUGAUCUGGUCAAGAAGGUAAAGUUCGGAUGUGCAGCUUGCAGAACUUUUGAACACAAACUAGAAUCACAGGGGAUGGCGGAGCUGCAGAGAGGAAGGCUGCAGUUGCAUCCACUGCCAUUCCAAUACUCAUCUUGCAAUUACCAGAGGCCAAUUUGCAGAAUACCCAUAGAGCCUGAUGAGGGGAUCUACUUAAGUCCUAAUGACAUGCUGUUAGGACGAGCUUCAAUUGAUGUAGCUAAACGAGAAAGACAUUGCGUCGAACUAGUACAACAGAUUGUUGACUCAUUCUGGCGUCAAUGGACCAUAGUGAUUCUGCCACUACUAACUUCCGGACGGAAAUGGAACAGGGAUCGUCAGAACAUUCGCGUGGAUGACGUGGUUAUGAUGACAAACUCCAACGCAGUGCGUGGAAAAUGGACAAUCGCGCGUGUCGUUCAAGCGUAUCCAGGACAAGAUGGUAAAAUUCGCAAUGUGAACGUUAAGACAUUAAAUGCAGAAUAUCCCCGACCAAUAACGUAA